ACUCACUGCACUUCAGUCAGAAUCACACGUCUCCUAGUCAUGUAAUGCACACUUUUCGCUGAGAUCAUCAUCUCGGAGAUGAUCAUCACGUACGUCGCUUUUGGAGAAAAAGCGUCCGCUAAAUGAAUAAAUGUACACGUAAAUUCUAAUUAUUAUUGGGAUUUAUCGAGCGCCUUCAGCGCCGCCGCGGCAACUCGUCUUUCCGAAGGUGUUACGAACGAACGAAGUCCACUGGCAAAUAACUAAGCCGGGAAUUACUCGAGGCUCGAGAAAACGGCACGAAGCGCAGAGCGGACGGCGGGACUACGAGUCCAUUCAUUGCAGCUCGAACUCUUCCUUCAUAUGUUGGGGACAAGUCUGCUCUUGUGCCGAGCUGCUGCUGCCUUGUUGUUUUGCCGCUCGGGGAUGAUGAUGAGCUGGAAGGGAAAAGGCGCCGGAUUCUUUGGAAGAAGCAGGUCCUGUUGUGUCAGGCGACAUUAGAAUUGGCAGCAUCUACCCACCAUCUGUGUCCUCUUGGUGUACAUCUUGAUAUAUUCCUCCUCUGUCAUGGAAAACCUAAGUGAACUGCAGAAUCCACUUCUGGAUAAGGCCAGUAGGCAUGCUGGCAAGGAUGACUACCAGUAUGGGGGGGACUUCCUCGGCAAUCAGGUCCAGGAGAACAUCAUCAACUACUUUGUCACAGGCAGCUGUGGGGGCAACAAAGCCAAAGCCCACCAGCUGUUAGAUACCACAUCACUACACCUGGGUGUGGAGGCCUUGUACCAGCCCAGUUUCAUUCUCUGUAAGGAUGACACCACCAUUAGAAUACAGGACUGCAAAAGUGAGAGCUGUGAGACCACUUUCACAGAAAGCAAGGAGCUGCUGGUGGACACUGUUAACCCUGAGAAAUCCCAGGCUGUGCUGCUGGGUAACAGCGACAUGAAGAUCCAGACAGUGUCCUAUGAAGUGGAAGAGGAAAACUACCUGGAGUGUGAGAGUGACUGCUCCAGUGACAGUGAAAGUGAGGAUAACUUUGUUGUCAUUCCCCCACAAGAUCAUCUGGGUCUGGCCAUCUUCUCCAUGCUCUGCUGCUUCUGGCCCCUGGGCAUUGCUGCCUUCUACUUUUCCCAAGGGACUAGCAGGGCCAUCAUCAAGGGAGACUUCCUGCUGGCAAGUGCCAUGUCCAGAAGGGCCCUUUUCCUAGCUGCUCUCUCCAUCACCAUUGGGACAGGAGUAUACGUGGGUGUGGUGGUAGCCCUCAUAGCCUACCUGUCCAAGCCAGGGCACCAUGUAUAGGAAGGGUCCUGAGGUGACAUUCCUGGCAUAAGACACAGCAUCUUCAUCAUGUCCUUCUGCCGCUUCUCCUGUAUGUACCUGUUUGUCCAGGCCAGAGGAAGGCUCCUAUAACAGAAGUGGGAAAAGCUUCUUGCAACUUGUUACAACUGAUGCUUAUUGUUAUUUAUUACAAAUAAGUCUGAUAACUUUCAGUCUUGCUGAGACCAAAAAACAUUGGUUUAUUUAAUACCGAACAAACCCAGUGAAAAAUCUGCUGUACCUUUCUAAAUGUUAAUGCAAGAAACAUGUGGGCCAAUGAGGUGAUGAAAAACUCAAGGAUUUUUGCAAGGAGUAACACAGAA